CUGAGGAUUUACAGUGAAAGAACUCUGCUUUUUUGUCUACUUCUCUCUUUGUUGAAGAAAUAAACAUGUUCCAUCUCAGAUCAAAUCAAACCUAGAAAACCGGUUUUUGAGAUGUUUUUUCUGAGACAGUUUUAUUAACUGUUCAGUUUAAGGUUACAAUAGGUGGGGAGAAAACAGUUUGUGUAAAGAAUUGAAUAGAAAAAGAACUGGAUUUUAGUCGGGGAAAUGAGAGAUUUUCCAUCUUGUUUUGGUGAAAAUGGAGUGCAAGUGACUGAUUUUUCAUCAUCAGGUACUGGUAAAAAUGCACAGAAUUUGGUUAUUUGUGUUUAUCGAUGUCGAAUUCGGGUUCGGCCUUGUUUAAUAACUGUUACUUGGACCAAGAGCUUGAUGGGGCAAGGGUUGAGUAUAGGGAUUGAUGAUUCUGCAAAUCAAUGUCUUUGUAAGGUUGAUAUAAAGCCUUGGUUGUUCUCCAAGAGAAAAGGGUCUAAGAGUUUAGAAGCAUGUUCUUGUAAAAUCAAUGUAUAUUGGGACCUUUCUUCGGCUAAGUUCGGAUCUGGGCCUGAACCGUUCGAAGGGUUUUAUGUUGGUGUUGUUGCCAAUAAGCAAAUGGUUUUGCUUCUUGGGGACAUGAAGAAAGAAGCUUGUAAGAAAACUGGUGCAACUCAUGUUCCUUCUAGUGCCAUUUUGGUGGCCAAGAAAGAGCAUGUUUUCGGCAAGACGGUAUUUACUACCAAGGCGCAGUUUUGUGAUAAUGAUCGGAUUCAUGAUCUGAUGAUUGAAUGCGAUAUGGUUGGUGUUAGCGAUCCAUGCCUUGUAAUUCGUGUGGAUGGAAAGGCCUUGAUGCAAGUGAAGCGUCUGCAGUGGAAGUUCAGAGGGAACCAUACCAUUUUGGUCGAUGGGAUGGCCAUAGAAGUGUUUUGGGAUGUGCAUAAUUGGCUCUUUGGCACAUCACUCGGUGGAAAUGCUGUUUUUUUGUUCAAGACAUCUGGUGCAUCAGAAGAGAAGUUGUGGUUUAGCCAAAACAUUCCCAGUCCGAGUUCCUUGCAAUGGUCGUUCUCGCAGAGAUUUCAAGAUUCAAAGUUGCAGAAUCCCGGCUUUUCACUGAUUUUGUAUGCUUGGAAGAACGAGUAGAGAGAUUGUGAAUUCUUCUAAACUCUCUAAUGCAAACAAAAGCUUUCAGCGAGUUGUGAUUUUUAUCUACUCUGAUUUUAAUUACAAUUAAUUCAAUUAAAAGCUGGUCCAUUUGUGUUUAUGUU